AUGGCGUACUUCGACCGGCGGCUGAGCACGGGCGAGGUCAUCGGGCACAUGUCGGGCGACAUCGUGCUCGUGCAGGACGCCAUGGGCGAGAAGGUAAAGUGCAGGACGCCAUGGGCGAGAAGGUGCGUGCAGGACGCCAUGGGCGAGAAGGAGGGGUGGGGAGGGGAGAGCGCCCAUAGAAUAUUCUUCGUCAUCACAUUCCUGCCCAUAAAGAGCACCUCAUUCUCCACCCCUCCUCCCUCUUCUCAGGUGGGCUCGUUCCUGCGCUACAUGGCGCAGUUCGCGGGCGGGUUCAUCAUCGCGUUCCUGGCGGGGUGGCAGCUGGCGCUGCUCAUGCUCGCCACGCUGCCUCUGCUCGCGGGGGCGGGCGCCAUGAUGGCGCUCAUGAUCUCCAUCUCCUCCUCCAAGGGGCAGAUCGCGUACGGCGCUGCUGGAGUGAUCGUGGAGGAGUGUGUCUCUGCAAUUCGCACGGUGGCGGCAUUCACGGGCGAGCACAGGGCGGUGCAGCAGUACUCGUUGAAGCUCAACAAGGCGUUUCGCGAGGGCGUGAAGCAGUCAGUAGCGGCGGGGGCGGGGCUGGGCGUGACGGUGUUCAUCAUGUUCUCCUCGUACGCGCUUGCGCUGUGGUACGGCUCCAAGAUGAUCGCCGAUGCGGGCUACACGGGGGGAGACGUCUUCACCGUGGCACCAGAAGUAACAGCCUUCGCCUCAGGGCAGGCAGCAGCGGGGAAGAUCUUUGAGGUGCUGGAGAGGCAACCCCCGAUAGACAGCAGCAGCGAGGAGGGGGAGCGGCCGGCGGUGUGCGAGGGGGCGCUGGAGCUGCGCGAGGUGACGUUUGCGUACCCGUCGCGCCCAGACGUGCCCAUAUUUCAGAGCUUCAGCCUGCAGGUGCCGGCGGGGCGGACGAUGGCGCUGGUGGGGGAGAGUGGCAGCGGCAAGUCGACGGUGGUGGCGCUGGUGGAGCGAUUCUACGACCCGCAGAGCGGAGCCGUGCUGCUGGACGGCCGCAGCAUCGCCGCUCUCAACCUGCGCUGGCUGCGCCAAAACAUGGGGCUCGUCAGCCAGGAGCCAGCGCUCUUCGGCACGAGCAUCCGCCAGAACAUCGCUUAUGGCAAGGAGGGUGCCACCGAUGAGGAGAUCCGAGAGGCCGCACGCCUUGCCAACAUCCACCACUUCAUCGAGUCGCUGCCCAACGGAUACGAGACGCAGGUGGGGGAGCGCGGCACGCAGCUGUCGGGGGGGCAGAAGCAGCGGGUGGCGAUCGCGAGGGCGAUUCUGCGGAAUCCGCGGGUGCUGCUGCUGGACGAGGCGACGUCCGCUUUGGACGCGGAGAGCGAGCAGGCGGUGCAGGCGGCGCUCGAUGCGCUCAUGGGCGCGCGCACCACGCUCGUCGUGGCGCACCGCCUGUCCACCGUGCGCCGCGCGCACUGCAUCGCCGUGCUGCAGCGCGGGCAGGUUGUGCAGACCGGCACGCAUGCCGCGCUGCUCGCCCAGCCGCAAGGCGCCUACGCCCAACUCGUGCGCCUGCAGCAGCUGGCGGGCGAAGGGGGGGGGGAGGAGGGGAAGGGGGAAGUGGGAGGGGGAGUGGAGGGGGGUGAGAAGGGAGGUUUGAGUUUGAGUCACGCCGGUGCUGAUGCGAAGGGGGUCUCAGUUCCACAGGAAGCAGCAUCAACGGGUGAAGCAGGGGUGGAAGGAGUGCUGGCAGGUGCUGUUGGUGUAGCCACGACUGGUGACGGUGGGACGAAGGGGACGGAAGGGGGGCAGGAAGGUGCGCGGAUGAGCGAGGAAAGGGAUGUGGAGAGCGGGAAGGGAGAUGAGCAGGGGGAGGGGGAAGGGGAAGGGAAAGACCGAAGAGGCCUCUGUAGCAGGCUGCUGCGGCGAAUGCGGAAGGGAGGGAAGGGAGGGAAGACAGGGAACGGAGAGGUCCACAAGGGGACCGAAGCGAAGGAAGAGGCAGGUGCGGAGGAGAAGGAGGAGGAUGAGGAGGAGAAGAAAGAGAAGAAGCACACGUCGAUCAUCCGCCUGGCGACCCUCAACAAGCCCGAGUGGCCGUACGCGCUUGUCGGCACCAUCUUCGCCGCAUGCUACGGCUUCAUCAUCCCGUUCUUCGCGCUCAUCCUCUCCAACAUCAUCACCACAUUCUACCAGCCUGACCUCACCAAGAUGCGCAGCGACGCCGACUUCUGGGCGUCGCUCUUCGUGGUGCUUGGGGCGUCAGCGUGCGUCACCUCCUUCUUCCAGUACAUGUUCUUCGGCGUCGUGGGGAACGCGCUCAUCCGCCGCGUGCGGGUCAUGUGCUUUGCCACGGUGUUGCGGCAGGAGAUCGGGUGGUUUGACAUGGAGGAGAACUCCAGUGGGGCUAUUGGGGCCAGGCUUGCUACUGAUGCUGCGCAAGUGCGGAACAUGGUGGGGGAUCAGCUAGCCUUGAUCGUGCAAAACACAGCAACGCUCUGCACGGGCUUGGUCAUCGCGUUUCGAGCCAACUGGCAGUUGUCGCUGCUGGUGCUCGCUCUGAUACCACUGCUAGCGAUCGCGGGGACGAUGCAGAUUCGGGCGAUUCAGGGGUUUGCAGAUGAUGCCAAGGAGCAGUUUCAGGAGGCGUCGCGGGUGGCGAACGACGCGGUGGGUGCGAUGCGCACGGUGGCGGCGUUUGGAGCGGAGCAGCGCGUACAGGAGCUGUACAACGAGCGCUGCAGCACACCCAUCCGGGCCGGCAUCCGCAAGGCCCACGUCAGCGGCGCCGGGCUGGCGUUUGGGCAGUUUGCUAUCUUUGCGGUGUAUGCGCUGUCGUUCUGGUUCGGGGGGAAGCUCGUGGAAUGGGGCUAUGCGACCUUCACUGAUGUCUUCCAGGUGUUCUUCGCCAUAGCCAUGUCAGCAAUGAGCGUGGCAAAGCAGUCCGCACUGGCCCCGGACAUGGCCACGGUUCAGACAGCAGUGAACUCCAUCUUCCGCAUUCUGGACCGCCAGUCAAAGAUCGACCUGGAGGCGGGAGGGGAGGAGCCCGAGGAGGUGCUGGGUGAGGUGCAGUUCCAGGCCGUGUGCUUCGCGUACCCGGCUCGACCCAGUGUUGUUGUGCUUCAGGACUUCAACCUGGUCGUUACUGCAGGCCAGACGGUGGCGCUGGUGGGGGAGAGUGGCAGCGGCAAGUCGACGGUGGUGGCGCUGGUGGAGCGCUUCUACGACCCGCAGAGCGGAGCCGUGCUGCUGGACGGCCGCAGCAUCGCCGCUCUCAACCUGCGCUGGCUGCGCCAACACAUGGGCCUCGUCAGCCAGGAGCCAGCGCUCUUCAACAUCUCCAUCCGCGACAACAUCGCCUACGGCCGCGCCGGCAGCGGCGGCGCCAGCGGGGGGGAGAUCAGCGAGGCGGAGAUUGUGGAGGCGGCGCGGGCGGCGAAUGUGCACGGGUUCAUCUCGGGGCUGCCGCAGGGGUACGCCACGCUGGUGGGGGAGCGAGGCGUGCAGAUCUCCGGCGGGCAGAAGCAGCGCAUCGCCAUCGCUCGCGCCAUCAUUGGUGACCCGCGCCUGCUGCUGCUGGAUGAGGCCACGUCAGCUCUGGACGCGGAGAGUGAGAAGGUGGUGCAGACAGCACUAGAAAAGGACGCGACAAUGGGCCCGGUAACGCCUCAGCGAAGUGACUAUGCGGCCAUUGCGGGUGCAACACUGAUCCUGGUUAUUUUUCAAGCGUGCACGUCUGGUGCAUUCGGUCAGACUCUACAUGUGGGUGUACAGCCACUGCAGGGGGUUGCCUCCUCCUUCCUCUCCACAGGAGCCGCUAAGCUACAUGCGCAAGCCACCAAGCCACCCAUUCAAGUCGCCGCCAAGCUACCCACACCACCACCCAUGCCCAAAUCCAUCUAUGCUACCACCAAAGCCGCCAGCGUUAAGAAGCCUCCACCAUCCAAAGCGCCAGCUAAGACGCCAACCAAAACACCAGCACCAGUGCUGAAGAAAAAUCCUCCGAUUCCCGUUGCGAAGCUGACUGCCGCUCCGCCAGCAAAACCACCGGCAAAGCCGCCGGUCAAGCCGCCGGCCAAGCCACCUGCCAGACCACCGCAGGUUCCGCCACCCAAGUCUCCCGUCAAGCCGGUAGUAAAGCCGCCGCCGGCUCCUCUCCGGCUGACGCCGAUUGCGGCCGUGCAGCAGCCGCCAUGGCCGUACUCCAGCAUGAAGAACAUCCCCCCUGACGUGCCGCCGCCGCCCUAUCCUCCUGCUCCUCCUGCCCGUGACUCUCUCCCGUUUCUUUCUAAAACUCGCCCGCUUCUUCCUUCCGCUUGCCCGUUCUCCCGCGCAGUGCGCGUGCCGAACGUGGGAGUGAUCACGAACAUCAUGGACGUGUGCCGCGUGUGCUCCGCGCUCCCGUACGACGGCGCGUGCUACAGCGACUACGUGUCGACGUGCGUGGCCGCCAUGAAUCAGCUGCGGCGGAACGUGUGGAAGGUGCCAGACCAAGUAUGCGACUGCUACAGCGCCAUCGCUAGCCAGAUGAUCCGCAUCUGCCCCGGGAUCGACCGCCGCGUCGCCUACUGCUUUUACGGCGCUCGCUGCACGUUCGUGCCAACCCUGUACGCGUUGCUGACGCCCCAACACGUGGUCACCACUGGCAACUCCACUGACGCCCCAUCUGGACGCGGAGUGGCAGUACUAGACCUACAGCCCAACAUGACAGCCAUGGCUGGAGUGAACUUCCUCAUCCAGCUCUCCUCCGCACCCGCCGCCUCCUCCUCCUCCUCCACCUCCUCCUCUUCCACCGCUCCCACUGCCCCCCUCCAAAUAACGGGGGCCAGCGUGUACAAUUCGAUAAUGGGCUCCGAAGGGCCGCUGACACUCCCGCUGCUGGCGGCGCAGGCAAAUCAGACGAUGGGAUCGGACGGGACAGGGCGGGUGGAUACGGCGCUGGGGCUGCUGCAGCGCAUGACUCUAGAGCCGUAUAGUUUCUAUAUCCAGGUGGAUACCCCUGCGGGCAGCCUGCGCGGGCAGCUGGUGUUCUCCCCACACCUGUUCAGCCUUGCCACGUCCAGGAACGUGCCCACGAGCUGCGCGAGCGGGGAUUGCAUGGCCAUUGUAGACCUUGAUAUCUCGCCCACCAACAUCGUGUACUCAUUUGCGUACUCAUCAGGGGUGGCGGGCAUCAUAGGCGCGUCAGUGAUCCAAGGAGUAGCAGGCUCGUCCGGUGCGCGCCUCUUUGACUUCUUCUGGCCGGGCGCCAACGCGCCCUCCUUCACCAAUGGCGUCACGCCACCUGUCACGGCCAUCCAGUCGCUGCUGACGGCGCCCCAGGCGCACUACAUCUACUUCACCACGCAGCUCAUGCCGUUCGGCGCGCUGCGAGGGCAGUUCCAGGACACGAUGUACGUGACAGCAGUGAUGUACGGCGCCGUGUGUCGUCAACUCUUUCUCUUCCAUCCCCCUCGUUCCCUCUCCCCUGUUCAUUCUUUGGCAGUCGGCGCGCUGAGGGGCCAGUUCCAGGACACAAUGUACGUGACAGCAGUGAUGUACGGCGCCAGUGUCGUCAACUUCCCCGGCACCACCGCGACACAGGGGCAGGGGUCGGGCGCACCGGGCAUGGGCUUCUUUGAUGCUGUGCUGGGCGGGGGCGGCAUCUGCUACACCUUCCGCUUCUCCUCCUCUGUCAAGACUGACUGCAACUAUGCCUACCUGCACCAGGGCGAGUUGAACAAGCGAGGCCCCAUCUACCUGUAUCAGACGCUGCGCAUCAUCCCCGGGCAGCAGCUGUGCGUGCCGGCAGACCCGGACAUCACAGCCGCCAUGGCUCUGCGCCCGCAGCGCUUCUACGUGCAGGCCUACUCCCUGCAGUUCCCCUACGGCGCUUUCCGCGGGCAACUGCACCCGGAUAAACAGAGCAGUGGGCUGGCUGUCAGCUGA